AUGUCGAGCAGCGUGAUCAAUCUGCUCAAUACCAUUGUUGGCGCUGGAACGUUGGCAAUGCCUUCCGUGAUGUCGCACAUGGGCUGCAUGCUUGGUGUGCUGAUGAUUAUCUGGUCCGGUAUUACGGCCGCCUUCGGCCUCUACCUGCAGUCACGCUGCGCGCGGUACCUCGAUCGAGGGACAUCGUCCUUCUUCGCCAUCUCCAAAAUCACAUAUCCAAACGCCGCCAUUCUAUUUGACACUGCCAUUGCGAUCAAGUGUUUCGGUGUCGGAGUAUCUUAUAUGAUCAUCAUUGGCGACCUGAUGCCCAAGGUCUUUAUUGGCCUUUUCAGCAGUGCGGUGGCUAGCAAUCCUUAUCUGGGCGAACGGAACUUUUGGAUCACUGCCUUCAUGCUGGUUAUUAUUCCCUUGAGCUUCCUUAAAAAGCUGGAUUCGCUCAAGUACACCAGUAUUGUCGCUUUGGUAUCGAUUGGGUAUCUUGUUAUCCUGGUCAUCUACCACUUCGCCACCGACCGUCUCAAGGACAUGAGCGAAAUCAGAGUUGUCGAACCCGAGAGCGCCAUCGCGUUUCUCAGCACAUUGCCCGUGGUUGUCUUUGCGUACACCUGCCACCAGAACAUGUUUGCCAUCUUGAACGAAAUCAAGGACAACUCUCCUGGGAGUAUCAUAGGGGUUGUAGGGUCGAGCAUUGGCGGUGCCGCCUCGAUCUACAUCGUCGUUGCCAUUACUGGCUACCUCACGUUCGGCAAUAAGGUUGUAGGCAAUAUUGUUAUGAUGUACUCGGCAACUGCCGCUUCGUACAUCGGCCAGCUGGCCAUUGUGGUACUUGUCACCUUCUCCGUUCCGUUGCAGGUUCACCCAUGUCGCGCAUCCGUCGAUGCGAUUCUCAAGUGGCGCCCGAACCGCAAACCAGGUGGCAACGCUCGCGCCAACUCGCCUGGUGGACACCCACUUCUCCCCUCUUCGGUUUCUAUCCGCUCCGAUCACGGAUCCAGCUCCUCCAUGGGCGAGGCCCGAUUCGUCAUCCUUACGUCUGUUCUUCUUAUUUUUUCUUAUGUUGCAGCACUCUCCGUCCACAGCCUGGAAAGGGUUUUGGCCUACGUUGGAAGCACUGGGUCAACCAGCAUUAGCUUUAUACUUCCGGGUCUUUUCUAUUACAAGAUUAGCGACCCCGACAGCAUGCACCAGCAACGUCUCCACAAGGAGGAUGACGACGCCGACCUUCCCUCGGACGAAGAGGAUGCAGACCCCAUGGUUACCAGCAUCGCAAGUCUCGGCAGCGUCGCUAGCGUUGUUGCUAACCCGCGUCAAUGGAACCGCAAAUGGCGGUGGGAUCUCGAGCACAUUGAACAGGACGCCCUGCGUAAAAUGGCCUUGGCUCUCGCCAUUUACGGCGUGUGCGUUAUGGUCGUUUGUCUGUUCAUGAACAUCGUGUUUCACGCAUCUCAUUGA